UUCUCCUUCAUUCGCGAACUCUGAGAUUUUUUUCUUGUUCUCUCCGAAAAGGCGAAACGGCGAAAAUGGACGCAUCGAGAACUCACCGGAAAAUGGACGCCGGAGCUGAGAUUGAUGUGGUUAAUCCGGUUGAGGAUGAUUCAGCGGCGGAAACUGGUCCGGACCAAGAUCAAGGCGGUGGAUCGGAGUCGUCUUCGUUGAAACAAGGGGAGAUUUUGAGAACCCUUGCUACGGUGGAGAAGGAUUCUCAGGCAAUCGCUGAGAGCUUUGCAUUUAUCAAUAGAUUGAAAACCCAAUUUCAAAGUUUAUGUUUUGAGCUAUUGAAGGCUACUGGAUACAAAUUUCAAACAAGUACUGUUUCAUUGAUCAGGGACACAACCUCCGAGGGAAGGACUUCAAAUCGUAAAGAUAGGUAUGAGUUCAGAGGAACGAAGGACCUUGGAUUGUUGAUGUGAAAACUACUUAUUCUAUGUUUGGACACAAUGGUGGGGGGGAUGCAGAAAAUGCCAACAAUACAGCUAUGGAGAGAUGGUCGCAAUGGAUACAUUGACAAGAGCUUCAGGAUAAAGAAAGUGUUGGGGAUCUGGUAAAGCUCAUUGACAAGAGCAAUGGAUACAUAUUUUCCGGGAUUGAUGCAAGUGUGGUUGAAUACAGCAAAAUUGCAGUUGGUCAAACUGAUUGGGAUUAUAACAG